UUACUUGGUGCCCGACAGCGGCGCGUGAUACCCUCCCCCCAAUCCCCCCAACCCCCCCAUCACGACCAUGUCUCCCCGAGACCCACUCACACCGUCGGCGCACUUCUUGCCUCGGCCGACCUGUUGCGGCUGGAUGCAGCCCGCUGCUGCCGCUGCGGCCGGCUGCCUCUGUCGGCGGGCAGUGACCAGCCGAUUCAUCUCCUUCUGCAACGGCUCUUCGUCCCCCUCGUCCUUCACCACCUCGCCCUUGCAUCCCUUCCCGCCCACGGCACGCCGGCUGUUCGGAUUCUGUUGGUGAGCAGCAGCGGCGGCGGCUGAUGUGGCGCGAGAGGUCUUGUUGGGCCCCUUGGCGGCGGUGCCAUGUCUUUGCUGUGGCCCGGGGACUUCAGGCCCAGCUGGAUGGGCAGAGGUCAGGUCAGCCCCGUUCUGGGACUUUGUGGCGGCAGCAGCCUGAUGGAUUCGAAUCACAGGCAGGGAGCAAGGACAUACAAUGCCAUCCCAUGAGGGGGGGCCAUGCACUGGGCCAUGCAGCUUUCAUGCAUCGGCGUCUCGGCGAGGGCGAAACGCCCAUAUUUGCCCUUUUUAUGCACUGGUCAUUCACUCUCCUCACCUGUGAGCGUGUCUGCACCACCAUCCCGGCAGACGACUGGCAAUACCACUUGGAAGACUCCUCCCGUGAGAGCAACACAACUCGAACACGGGCGAUACCACUUGGAAGACUCCUCCCGUGAGAGCAACACAACUCGAAGACUGGGGAUAC